GAUGAAAGCGGAGAGCUGAACAUCACAGCAGCCAAACCACUGAAGAGUGUAAUUAUUCUGGCAUGCAGAUCAGGACGGGAAUUCUGGACUGAAUACAAAAUACACAGUUUGAUCACCGUGCAUGUUAAAAUUGCAAGAGUUGUAUCCUCAUAACGCAACUGGGAUUCCACUGAACCUUUUUUCCAGCUAAAGAUGGGAGAAAGAAAAGACUCUGGGGUGGAGGAGAGACCCAAAUGGGACAACAAGGCUCAGUACCUGCUGACAUGUAUUGGCUUUGCUGUGGGAAUUGGAAAUGUAUGGCGAUUCCCCUACUUGUGCCAAAUCUACGGAGGAGGUGCAUUCCUCAUCCCUUACCUGAUAGCGCUGGUGUUUGAAGGUCUCCCCCUGCUCUACCUUGAGCUGGCUAUAGGACAGAGGCUCCGGAUGGGCAGCGUCGGUGUCUGGAACAGCAUCUCACCACUAAUAGGUGGAGUAGGCAUCGCCUCUUUGCUGGUAUCAUUUCUGGUGGGUGUUUUCUACAACACCAUUCUGGCCUGGGUGCUGUGGUACUUCUUUCACUCUUUUCAAGAACCCCUGCCGUGGAGCACCUGUCCACUAAGUGAAAACCGCACAGGCUAUGACGUGGAGUGUACGAAAAGCACUCCAGUAAACUACUUCUGGUAUCGUGAAACCCUGAACAUCACACCUGACAUUGAGAUCAGCGGCUCCCUAGAGUGGGGGAUGGUGAUCUGUCUAGCGAGCGCCUGGUGUAUAGUCUACAUCUGCUUCAUCAAAGGCCUCGACUCCAUGGGAAAGGCUGUGUAUGUGACAUCUACCUUCCCUUACCUGGUGCUGACCAUUUUCCUGAUCCGUGCCCUCACUCUGCCUGGAGCUACUGACGGACUGGAGUACCUCUUCACUCCUGACUGGGAAACACUGAAGAACCCACGGGUGUGGUUGGAUGCUGCCACCCAGAUCUUCUUCUCGCUUUCUGUGGCGUUUGGAGGUCUCAUAUCUUUCUCUAGUUAUAAUGAAGAAAGAAACAACUGUGAGAGGGACGCCGUUCUUGUGGGAGUAAUAAACAGUGCCACGUCUCUCUACGCCUCCAUUCCAGUUUUCUCCAUCCUGGGAUUUAAAGCCAACACCGCCUUAAACGCUUGUAAAGAGAAAAACGUCCUGGCUAUGACCAACUACUUUGAGUUUUCAGACCAGAACAUAACACUGGAGAACUACGAUUACUGGUAUAACUAUUUAAAUCGGACAUUUCCAGAAGACUUUUCCAGUGUGCCUCUGGAGACUUGUGAUCUACAAAAAUUACUUAAGCAGAGCGUUUCAGGUACUGGCCUGGCUUUUAUCGUGUUCACCGAGGCAGUGAUAGCGAUGCCAGGCUCGCAGGUAUGGGCCGUAUUGUUCUUUGUCAUGCUUUUCAGUUUGGGUCUCUCCUCCAUGUUUGGCAACAUAGAGGGUGUCCUCUCACCCCUCAACGACCUCAAAGUGGUGCCCAAGUGGAUGCCCAAGGAACUCUUGACAGCAAUCGUCUGUUUGAUAGCCUUCUUGGUGGCACUCAUCUUCACCCUGAACUCAGGGAACUACUGGGUGGAGGUGUUUAACAGUUACGUGGGCUCUGUACCUCUGCUCAUCAUUGCAUUGUUUGAGAUUAUUGGAGUCAUUUACAUCCGUGGAAUGAAAACUUUCAGUGAAGACAUCUAUUUUAUGACUGGGAGGAAGCCCAACAUCUUUUGGAAGGCAUGCUGGAUGGUGAUCAGUCCUUUAAUGCUCCUGGUGGUGUUCAUUGCCUAUGUGGUUGUCCAGGCACAGACCCACCCCACCUAUCCAGCGUGGAACCCAGAUUACGAAAAAUUUCCUGAAAAUGAAGUUAAACCUUAUCCAAACUGGGUGUUUGCCAUAAUCAUCCUCCUGUGUGUGGUGCCGGUGAUUUCCAUUCCUCUGGUGGCUCUCUACCAGCUGAUUUGUGGGAGAACCAGACGGUCCUCUGCUAGGGUGGAAUUAAAUCCCUACAGCAACGACGCCUUCGAGAUCGAAACACGGGAAAGGACGACUUGCAGGUCUUAAGGAUUGUGAAGAGUAACAAUGCUGGUGAAAAAGAAAAAAAAAAAAAA